UUCUCCUCCGUUUGUCCGGUCCCGGCCAGGCCUCAUAGUGCUUUGGAUGGACAAUUGACCAUAUACUUGCAAUGAAGAAAGGUUCCCAUCAAGAAUCACUACCAAGAACAAAGAUGACACCAUCUCGCUCACCUAGUCCAACAUCUCAUUUGUCCAAUACAAGAUCCAGGUCACUUUCACCUUAUAACAAAAUUGAGACUGCUACUUUUCCUUCUAGAAGACAGUGGCUUAAACACAAUGACAUCAGGGAAGAUAAUGAUAUGUGUCUUGACUACCAAGAUGAUAAAGGUGAUCCUACUCCUGGAGUAAGAUAUAUCACAGAGGACCUUAUUAAAAAGCUUAGCAAACAAGAAAAUUUGAGCUUAGUAAAAUCUUUGAAUCUUUCUCUUUCAAAAUAUGGUGGCAAGAAAUUUAAGUACAUAGAAAACCUGGAAAAGUGUAAUAAACUUGAAGUAUUGAAUCUCAGCUAUAAUCUAAUUGGGAAGAUUGAGAAAUUAGAUAAGCUUUUAAAAUUACGUGAACUGAAUUUAUCAUAUAACAAAAUCAGUAAAAUUGAAGGCCUAGAACAUAUGCAGCAUCUUCAAAAGCUAAAUCUUGCAGGAAAUGAAAUUGAUCAUAUUCCAUUAUGGUUAGGGAAGAAGCUAAGAUCUUUGAGGGUCCUCAGUCUGAAAGACAACAAAAUAUCUUCGCUCCAGGAAGUAAGCAAGUUGAAGUCACUCAAUGAUUUAACUUCUCUGGUUCUUGAUGGCAAUCCAGUAGUAGAGCUUCCUCAUUACCACCUGUAUACCAUUUUUCACCUCAGAUCCCUGGAAUGUUUGGAAGAUCAGCCAGUGACAAGUCGGGACAGGCAGAAAUCUUUGGAUAGAUUUGAUUUAGAGGAGAUAGAACGACUAGAAAGAGACUUAGAAAAUAAGACAAAAGAAGCAGAAGAGCUAAAGCACCGACAGGCCCAAUUCUUGGAAGAAAUGAAAACUCAGAAUGAAAUAAACCAAUCUCUGAAAGAGGAGGCUGUCCGGCACAAACAAAGCUAUAAAGAACUUCAGAGUGACCUCAGCACCAAGAGUGAAUUGCUAUUAUCUUGGUUUGUAGCAGAUCAAUUUCUACUGAUUCUGUCUUCCUCAUUAAAGUUAAAACAGAAGACAAUGGAACUUACUCAUUCUUGCCAAAAACAGUAUGAACUAGAACAAGAAUUGGCUUUUUAUAAAAUUGAUGCCAAAUUUGAGCCACUAAAUUAUUAUUCACCAGAGUACAGUGAAAUUUAUGAUGCCCCAGGUGAAAGUCCUUAUAUUGGUAAAUCCAGAUAUAAAAGGAAUAUGUAUACUACUGAAAGUUAUAUUAAUGAUAAUGCCCAGCCAAUACAGAUUCAAAAAUUCGAACUUUGUAAAGAAGAACUUGGAAAUGAACAAGUCUCAAGGAAACCUGCUGAUACAUUGGAUAUACAACUAAAAGAUAAAGAAAACAAAAUAAAAGCAGCCCAAGCCCAAUUGAAGGAGCUGUAUGAUGAAAUGGCAACAGUUGAGCAGAACAUUUUAAAAGCAACAGAAGAAUUUAAACAACUAGAAGAAGCCAUAAAACUGAAAAAAGUUUCUGAAACAGAAAAAGACGUUGUCCUCAAACAAUUAAGUGGUAAGAUACAACUCCUAAAUCAGUUACGUCAGGAAGCAAUGAAUCUAGAAAUGCAGAUGGAGAAGCAGAGUGCAGAAAUAACAAAAAAAGAGAUGGAAAUAAAAGAUGUGGAAAGUGCCCUAGAUAAUCUAGAUCACACAGACCCAAGACAUAUUCAUGUGAAGGCCCAGAAGAAAAGCAGAGAACAGCAGCGUGACAUCAUGAGCAAACAGUAUCAACAGCUCGGAAAUCGAUUAGAUGAUAUACUUACACGAAUUGCUAAGGAAACUGAUGAUAUUAAGGACCUGGAACAACAGCUCACUGAAGGUCAGAUAGCAGCCAAUGAAACCUUGAAGAAGGAUUUAGAAAGUAUCAUCAGUGGCUUGCAGGACUACCUUGAGAAUGUUAAAGGACAGGUAACAAAGGUCCAGGAUGAAUGCAGAGUACUACAAAAUGAUAAAGAAAUUUUACUGCAAAAAGUGACUAAACUUGAAGAAGAGAAAUCAGAGCUGGAAGUUGCUGCUAUGGAUGCAGAAAAUAUGAGAAAAGAACUUGCUGAAAUGGAAUUGUUACUUCAAGAGCAUCAAGAAGCAAACAGGACCCUUCAACAGGCCCAAAGAGAUUUAAGUGCCUAUGAAAUGGAACUUGAAACUCAGCUGAGAGCCAAGGAAGCUGAAAGUAACCAGCACAAAGAGGAAUUAGAGAAGCUCAAAGAAUUCCAAGAGUUAGAACACUUAACCCUGCAAGCCGAACUUGAAAAUGAAAGGCUGGCCCUCGAAGAGGCUUUCAGCAAGUCCCAGUUCUCAGAAAAGGAACAGGAAAACAAUGAACUAUGCUUGAAAGUCAAACAGUUGGAGGAUGACAAUAAUCUCUUAAAACAACAGCUUAAAGAUUUUCAAAAUGAAUUUGACAAUAUGGUUGAUGGCUUGCUUCAUCCAGAAGUAGCAGCAGCUCGUGUGGAGGAAUUGAAGCGAAAGUUAGAAACAGGAGUUGAGGAAAUUAGGUGCCUCAAUCCUUCAGAUGUUCUAGGGAAAAGUCUUGCUGAUUUACAGAAGCAGUUCAAUGAAAUCCUUACACAUACUCAGCAGGAAAAGGAAGCGGCACUAAGUAGAGAGAGGAAACUACAGGAAGAAAUGGCAUUUCAAAAGGAGAAACUGGUAGAGGGACAAAAGGACUACAGGAAGGCCUGUGAAAAAGCAGCAGAUGCAAGAAUUCAGUCUGAUAAAAAGCAAUAUGAGGCCAAGAUUCAAGAGCUGGAGAAUGAAAUUCAGUAUUUGCAAGAAAAUCUAAAGAGUAUGGAGGAAAUUCAAGGCUUUACAGAUCUUCAACUUCAAGAAGCUGAUGAAGAGAAGGAGAGAAUUCUCACACAGCUGGAAGAUUUGGAAAAUAAGAAAAAGCUAGAAGAGGCCAGAUCGCAGAAGCAGUUUCUUGGUUUAGAUCGGGAACUAAAGGAGCUAAAGGCUGCUGUGGCUGCUUCUGAUAAGCAAGCAACUGCAGAACUCUGCAUUGCCAAGGACCAGCUGAAGUCUCUCCAUGGGACUGUCCUCAGGAUCAACCAAGAUCGUGCUGAGAGGCUCCAGGAAGCUGAGCACUUCAGCAGGCAGGCAGCCCAAGCAGCCCGGGACCUCACCCGAGCGGAGGCAGAGAUCGAGCUACUGCAGAACCUCCUGAGGCAGAAAGAGAAGCAAUUUCAAAUUGAAAUGGAGAAAGUAGAUACAGGUGCCUUUGGAUCAAAAUCCCAAAUGCUAGAAAUUGAGCAAUUGAAUGAGAUAUUGAAAAGACAAAGGACAGAAAUUGAAAGGCUGUGGAGUUUACUUGAUCAGACUGGGUCUGACAGCAAAGGAGAAAUAGAAAGUCUGGUGGAUGAAAUCACAGAGCUCCGACGUACCCUAUCCCACCAGAAUGAUUACAUUAGCAGCAUAGCAGAUCCUUUCAAGAGAAGAGGAUAUUGGUACUUUAUGCCAUCAUCGUCAUCAUCAAAAGUUUCCAGUCCCAGGUCUCAGAGUACAAAAGACUCUGGUAUUGGCUUAAAAUACACAUCCUUCAACCCAGUCCGAAAAGAGUGUGGCCAUGACAAGCAAAUUGAGAAAAAAGAUGUCACAUCAGGAUGUUGGAUUUAUUCUCCAGUCAGAAGUGGACUACAUAAAAUCUAUUCAAACAAAGGUGAAGGAAAUAGGGAAGAAAAUGAAUUGGAUGAUGAAGUGAACAUUCCAUUUGUACCUCCUCCUGGAUCCGUUAUUUAUACUGUGUGUCCGGAUGGAACACCUGUCCCUCAGGGAACUGUGCUGUAUGCUUCUCCUCCUCCUGUACCAAUCAAUGGCAGACCACUUGAACCUGGAACAGUUGUUUAUGGGCCCCCCCCUCCUGGAACACACAUUGUUUAUGGCCCUCCUCCUCCUCACUUUUCUAUCCCACUCAUUCCAAUAGGAGUCCUUCACUGCAAUGUACCUGAACAUCAUAACUUGGAGAAUGAGGUUUCUAGGCUGGAAGACAUUGUACACCAUGUCAAAACUAAAAGACAGGAAGACAAGGCAGCAAGGCAGCAGACUAAGAGAGAAAUGGAAGAACUUCACCAAAAUAUUGAAGACCUUUUGAAUGAGAGAAAAGACUUACAGGAAGAAAUGGCAGAAAUACAUAGGAAUCUCCAAAAAUACAGCAAACAAAAGGAUUUUAUGGAAGGACGUGGUGACAAUGUCAUUACUGAACUAGGAAGAGAUGCAUCAUGCAAACACCACAUCCAGAUUAUAGAUGAAAUUACGUGCAUUGAGUCAACUCUUCUGAAACGUCGGGCAGAGCUUAGAGAAGCAGAUCGACUCCUAGCUGAGGCUGAAACAGAACUUACCAACACAAAAGAGAAAACCAAAGAUACUAUUCAGAGGUACAGGGAAGUCAAGACACACUUGUCAUGGGCAGAGCUGGAUGCAAAAGAGCUAGAACGCAGAGCCCAGGAAACAGCUAUCAAUCUAAUGAAAGCAGAUAAGCAGCUAAGAUCACUUAAGGUUGAUGGAAAGGACUUCAAGCAGAACGUGCCAGAACAGCAAGAAAUCUUGAAAGACCCUGAUUUCUACUCUUUAAGUCAUAAAGUAGAAAAAUUGAUUGAAGGACUUCAAAAACUGCAGAUGGACCCAGAAGUUCCUCAAGGUUGUAACAAAGAUCAUCAUCAGGGCAUCGGUGGGCCUGAAAAUCUUCAUACUAAAAGAGCUGAGCUAGAAAAGGUGAAGAGUCAGAUAGCAGCCCAGCAGCAGGAGAUGUUGGUCUUGGAUGUACAUUUAACUCGUAAGAAGGAAGAGCUACAUAUGCUGCAAGUAAAUGUGAGCAAGGCAAAAACUGAUCUCCAAGAAGCCUUCAACUUGAGAGAAACAGAAAUGACAGAGAAACGGAAUCAACUUAGGGAAAUAAAGUCGCUCUUGGAAGAACUGAAUUUUCAGAAAGCAGAAUUGAAUGUCCAGAUAAGCGAAAAGAAAACACAACUCUCACUCACUACACAGGAAAUAGGAAAAGAGGAGGAGAUCCUUCAUGAACUUGUAGGACAAAUAUCUAGGCAUAAAACAGAGAUGAAAAAUUUCAUGGACAAGUUGCAGCAUGAAAACAACGAGUUGCAAUUCCUUAAAAUGCAACGUAACCAAAAAGUGACUGAACUAGAGAAGACACAUAUGGAGUUGGUACAGGAGAAGUUGGAAUUGGAGAAAGUGCAGCGCACUGCCCAGCGCCAGAGAGAGGAAGUUGAGUGGCAGAGACAGCUUCUGGAAAAGGAGAAACAAGAAAUCAGUCAGCUGACAUCAGAAGUAACCACCUUGCAAGCCAAUGUGGAAGCUUUGAAUGAGGAAAAGGAAGAUCUUGAAGAGAGCUGUGAAAGUUUGGAGAAAAAGUUGGAGCAAGCCAAAAGAAUGUUAGCAGCUACGGAAGAUAGCAGCAGACUAGCCACAUCUAACUUAGAAAAGAUGGAGCUGGAUGUCAGGAAACUGCAGCAGGAAGUGGACCAGCUAAACAGAGACAAGCUCUCCUUGCACAAAGAUAUUGCCAACAUGCAGCAACACUUACAAGAAAAAAGAGAAGAAUUAGAGUCCCUAAAAGAUGAACUCACUCAUGUUCAGGAUGAGUUGAAGAUGACAGAAGAGGAUCUGGAAGUGACUUCACAACAUCAGACUGACUUGCUGAGUGAGCAAGGCAACCUGAAAGGUAACAUCAGUGAACAGAUGAAGAAGCUCCACGAAUGCCAAGAGCAAGGAGAAAAGAAGCAGUUGCAACUACAAAUACUUCAGAGUGAGAUUGAAGAACGGAAACAAAGGCUUGCCCAAGAAGAAGGGUAUCUUCAUCAAAUCCAAACAGAAAUAGAAAAUGAAGAAGCAAAAUUAGAAGCCUGUAAAGCAAAAUUGAAAGACCAGCAACAGUUACUGGACUGGGAACUGGCGAGUCAAAAAAGCAAAUUGGAACAAGUGAUCUCAAAGGUGGCACUGGCAGAGGAGAGAGUCAAGACCCUGGAAGAAGAGGAAAAAUGGAGUGCAACCUUGGAGAAGACACUAAACCAAACCAGACUUCAGCUCUCAGAACGUGAAGAGCAAUUACUAAAAAAAUCAAGUGAACUCUUAACUCUGCAGCAAGAAAUGGACCUCUCCAAGGCUGAUAUAAGCCGUCUUCAGAGCUGUUUCCGGUUUGAGAAGGAGAAAGCUGAAAAACAAAUUAUAGGUCUGAAAGAAGCCAUCAGGACCCAACGGACCCAAAUGGAAAAAGCCCUUCUCGAUCAAAAACAUGAGAACAGCUGUAUGCAGAAGGAAAUGACAGCAAUCGAGCAAGUUGCACAUGAUAACCAUGAGCAAGCCCGGCGCCUCAUGAAGGAGCUCAAUAAGAUUCAGUUCGAGUAUCUGGAAGUCCAGAAACAGCUAAAAAAUCAAAAGGAUUUGGAACAACGACAUAAAGAAAUCAGUGAGGCAAUGAAGCUACUAAAAUAUGAAGUGAAAAGUGAACUCAAAACUAGCCUUAAGGAUUUCAACCAGUCUCAUGCAGAGUCAUUUGAAGAUCUAGAAACUGUUAUUAAAAAAGCAGAAACUCUAGAAAGUGAAUUGGAAAGUUUGAAAGAGAACUUCCCGUUUUCCACCAAUGAGUGUCAAUAUUCCUUCGAAGAGAAGCUAAACUUAUCCAAAGUUCACAUCAUGGAUGAGCACUGGCGCGGAGAAGCAAUGAGAGAGAAACUACGUCAUCGUGAAGACAGACUCAAGCAAAACAAUUUUCAGGCCCAGCUUCGCUCCUCCAUGUCCAGGCAAACAGAGGCCUUAAUGAAAGGCAAACAACAAACUGAAGGCACUUUACACAGUUUGAAGAGACAAGUGGAUGCUUUAGAUGAACUAGUUACCAGUAACACUGCAGAUUCUACAUUGUUGGCGCCAAGUCUGUCACAACUAGAAAUUUCCCUACUUGAAGACUCUCAUCUCGCUAAGAACCAGGGAAGGGCCUUGUCACAAUGACUUGGCCCCAAGAGACUACUGGGAACACUUUUUGCCUUCCAUACCUGAGGAAAUGUCUACUACCUCACUAAUUUAGCAAGGCAGAGCCCCUCAUAUCUGACCUUGCUAGAAACCAACUCAGAUCCAGGACCCUUCUUCCUAACGAUGGCAUGUUUUAUGUUACAGAUACAAAGAUUUUUGUAAGACAUUUGUACAUAUGGAAAUAUCAAUGCAUAAACUAGAAACAGAGUGUGAAGCUAAUGCCACAGGUUUUUAUAAACACAUCACUCCUUUGAAAUACACAUUGCAAGGUGUAAAUUGAAAGGUCUGUACUGAUGUAGCAGAACACCUUGCUGAAUUUAAAUUCCUCUACAUUUGUUAAUCUUAUCAAGUUUGUGUUUUGCGUGAAAUAUAUUUUCAUAUAAAAAAGAUUAAA